UGAGAGCGAGCGUUAGAGGGAUUCGCAUAUAGAGAGGUCCCUGGGCCCACGUCCACGAACUCGAUUUCAAUUUUUUUCCCCUGACUUGUUGAAGUUUACAUCUUAAUUAAAUUUCUGAUAAUGAGUUGCAUCACUUAGAAAUUGACACGUUUCCUGUAAAUCUUUGGAAUUUUCGCUUGCAUUUGAUAGACGGAAGUCUUCGAAUGAUGAAUUUUGCUGAUGCUUCAAUUUGCAUUUGUGUAGUCCCGGUUAUUGAUAUUGGAGGGAGUCAUCUUCAGAGCUGAGCUGUUUGUUUUGUCUGUUGGACUUGGAGCGUUGCUGUUGUUGUUGACACUGCACUGAGUCUGAGGUUCUGAGCUGAGUGUGGCAGUCACAUAUUCUAUGCUGGUCUCCUUUUCUAACUUUCAGACGUAACAGAUAAACUCAAGAUUUGAUCAGAGGGAAAAAAUUAAAAAGAUGGCUCGUAUCCAUGUCACAACGUUUAUAACACUAUGUCUGGUUGCCCUGGCGAUCUAUGUUCUCUACUUCCAUGUUCCAAGAUCUGCUUCGGGAGAAGCUGUGGCCGAGGUCAAAGAUGUGAACCAUGAAACCAGGCAUAGUGUGCAGCGUGACCUGAGUAAGAACGCCUCGGCAAACGGCACCAUCAAUGUUUUGAUCUGUUCAGAUGCCACCACACUCGGCGGCAUGGUUGCAGCUAUGAAUAGCAUCUAUCUCAAUACCAAGGCACAUGUCAAGUUCUAUCUGGUGGUUGACCAAGAUUCCUUGGACCAUCUAAGCAAAUGGCUCAGUCAAUCAAGUUUGAGAAAGCUGGACUACUACAUAAAAGUCUUUGAUGAAUCCUGGGUCAAAGAUAAAAUAGUUUUGAAGGAUAAAAGAAAAGAGUUAGGAUCACCGCUCAAUUAUGCCCGUUUGUACUUCCCCAAAAUAUUCCCCGACCUGAAAGGGCGUGUCAUCUUUGUGGACAGCGACACCAUAACCCAGGGCGACAUCGAAGAACUCAAUGCAAUCGACAUCAAGCCCGGACACGUGGUAGCCUUUUCAGAUGAUUGCAGUGCCGUCACGUCAAGAUAUGGUGUUAUAAUGAACCGGUAUGCGAGCUACUUGAACUUUGGGAAUGAAAAGCUUCAAGGUCUUGGCAUCAACCCCAUGGAGUGUUCUUUUAAUCCUGGUGUCUUUGUUGCUAACGUAGAUGAAUGGAGAAAACAGAACAUCACUGCCAAGCUAGACUACUGGGUAACCGUCAACUCAAAAGAAGAUGUUUAUGGUAGUCAACGAGGUGGUGGUCAUUCUGGUCCUCCGAUGAUGAUUGUUUUCUACAUGAAGUAUUCACCUAUUCCUCCUGAAUGGCACAUACGUCAUCUUGGUGUUACUACCGGUGCACGAUACUCGGACGCAUUCUUGAAGGCUGCCAAGCUUCUUCACUGGAACGGUCGCUUCAAACCAUGGGGACAUAACUCACAACACACGCUGGUAUGGGAGAAGUUUUUUGUGCCCGAUACCACAGGGGACUUCCAAAUAGCCAGACGUUAUGGCAAUGUGUAAAAGGCCAAAUCCCAACUUUUUUUAAUUUAAAAAAAGGUUAAGACUAUGUGUAAUAUCCCUGGAUUAAUAAGGUAUAAGGACCCAUACUUUAUCAAAACUAAGGUUAAAACUGCCUAGAAUUGGACAUUUUUUCAAGUUUUUAUGAUAGAUAAGUAGUGAAAAUAUCGCAUUGGAUUCUGCGAUUAAGAUGAUGAUUUUCUUAGAUUUAGCUACAUGUAUAUUGACAGAUAUUUUUAAAGGUCAAGUCCACCUCAGAAAAAUGUUGAUUUGAAUGAA